AUGUACCUGAACAAGAUUGAAAAAACCUGGACUGCAGCACGUAAACAACUUAAAGGAAGUGAAGACGUGGAAGUUGCUAAUGAAGAGGAACUAAGCGGAACAGCCAAUCGCGAAUCAACAUGCAGCCAUGAGGAUGAAGGAUAUAAAAGAAAGACUCGGGAUGGACACCGCGGGGACAACUCGGACCGCGGUGCGGACGGUGCCUCGGUUGGCGGCUCUGCCCGCUGCGCUGCUCUGCGGACGGGCCGCACCGCGCAGGGCACCGGCCCCCGGGAGCCUGCGGUUCACGGAAACAAUUUCCUAACUUAUCCGGGAUCUAUCCCGGACGAGCAGAGGGCUGCUCUAAAUCCUUCGCACGUUGAAGACACCGCGGGGACAACUCGGACCGCGGUGCGGACGGUGCCUCGGGGCGGGGAGCAGUGUCCUGGUAGCGGAGCAGGGAUGCCGCCCGUGGGGCCCGGGCCCCUGCGCGGCGGCGGCGCCGCUCGUGGGACCGCGGGGUCCCCGCGGGAGGGCAGGAGCCUCGGCGCCUCCCGCAGCUCCCGUGGCGCUUCGUGGCUGCUAAUCGUCACCGUGCAAAGCGUGGGAGGCUGCCUUAAAAUGAAAUCACUUAACGGGGAGCCUGUGGACAUCUCAGUGAGUCUGUUAGCAGUAGUCGUCAGCUUCUGCGGGCUCGCCUUGCUCGUAGUCUCGCUUUUUGUCUUUUGGAAGUUGUGCUGGCCCUGCUGGAGAAGCAAACCUCUCACUUCUAAUGUCAGUAAUAUCCCUCAAAGCAACUCCAGUGCUCCUACGGAGGUUUUUGAGACCUGUGAGAAAAAGGAAGUUAAAGAAAAUGGGAAACCUUCAACAAAGGUACUUGAAGCUGCACUGAAAAUUAGCCACACUUCACCUGAUAUACCAGCAGAGGUCCAGAACGCGCUGAAAGAACAUCUAAUCAAACAUGCACGCAUGCAGAGACAGAUCACUGAGCCUACGUCAUCAUCAAGGCACAAUUCUUUCAGGAGGCAUUUACCAAGGCAGAUGCAAGUGUCCAGUGUUGAUUUUAACAUGGGAAUAGAUCCAGUUUUACAAAGGAGAGAGACUACAACCAGCAUUGGGAGAAUAAAGCCAGAACUCUACAAACAGAAGUCGGUGGAUUCCGAUGGGCAACAAGAAGAUGUGAAAACCUGUGGAAAACUUAAUUUUACUCUCCGGUAUGAUUAUGAAAAUGAACUUCUUGUUGUCACAAUUGUCAAAGCCUUAGAUCUGCCUGCUAAAGACUUCACAGGAACAUCUGACCCCUACGUUAAGAUUUAUCUGCUUCCAGAUAGGAAAAAGAAGUUUCAGACACGAGUUCACAGAAAGACAUUAAAUCCUGUCUUUGAUGAAACCUUUCAGUUUCCUGUAGCCUAUGAUCAACUCAGCAACAGGAAAUUGCAUUUCAGUGUUUAUGAUUUUGACAGAUUUUCUAGACAUGACAUGAUUGGGGAAGUUAUUCUUGAUAACCUUUUUGAAGUCUCAGAUCUCUCCAGGGAAGCCAAUGUAUGGAAAGACAUCCACUGUGCCACCACAGAGAGUAUAGAUUUGGGUGAGAUCAUGUUUUCCCUUUGUUAUUUGCCUACUGCUGGGAGAAUGACAUUAACAGUCAUCAAAUGUAGAAAUCUCAAAGCAAUGGAUAUAACUGGUGCAUCAGAUCCAUAUGUCAAAGUAUCACUGAUGUGUGAGGGUCGAAGACUGAAAAAACGGAAAACAACUACGAAGAAGAACACGCUCAAUCCAGUUUAUAAUGAGGCCAUCAUCUUUGAUAUCCCUCCAGAGAAUGUGGACCAAGUGAGCCUCUCCAUUGCAGUGAUGGAUUACGACCGAGUAGGGCACAAUGAGGUCAUUGGAGUAUGCCGGACAGGAAUUGAUGCUGAAGGGCUUGGAAGAGAUCAUUGGAACGAAAUGUUGGCUUACCCACGUAAACCAAUAACACAUUGGCAUCCACUAGUAGAGUUACCUGGCCGAGCAACAAGUUUUGAUAGCCAGGGAUCUUGUUCAUCACCAAAACCACCACUUACGCCCUAG